AUGGACAGACAUCCCCUCUCCCAUCUCUUGCUUGUAGUCAUUCUCAGUUCUGCUGCUGUUCUUGGGGAAGAUGAAACUGAGACCCUGUCCUGCCCACACCACCAAAAAGCUUUUGACGGUUCCUGUUAUGAGUUUGUUUCCCUGCAGCGCACCGUUGUUGAUGCUCAGAGUUGGUGUGAGCGCAGCGGUGGACACCUAGCGUUCAUCCAGAACGAUGAGACACAGCAGUUUCUUCAGGAACAUUUGCAGUCUGGAAAACACUGGUGGCUGGGAUUGGCGCCUGCCUCGUUCAACCUCAGCCUGGAUCUGGAUGAUGCUGCCAACGGUCUUUUGUCAUGGCUGGAUGGAUCUGAUGUAAGUUACUCCAACUGGUUCAGUGAGCCAGUGCUCGGUGCAGCCUGUGGUUACAUCUCAAAUAACUCCAAAUUUCAAUGGGAAACAAGCAAAAACUGUAGUCAGGAGUUCAACUUUAUCUGCGAGUUUGAGUCAGGACGCUCUCUAACCUGUGGGGACCAAAAUGCUACGCUGCAGUGUGGCUCUGGGCAAGUGAUAGUAAUUGAUGACAGUUUUUAUGGCAGAAAGACGCUACAUUACUGCACUGCUGACCGCUCUGUAACGCAAACGUCUUCACAGGAGGAGUGCAGAUGGGUGGAUGCAAUGGAGUUGAUUUCAGCGCAAUGCCACGGGCUGCAGGUAUGCCAGGCUGUCAUUGAUGUUGCAUCCUUCGGCGAGCCUUGCGCAGGACUGGGAAGCUACUUAUCAGUGGAGUAUCACUGCAAAGAUGGUCUUCACCUACUGAUGAACAAGGUGGCCGCUGUCUCCAGUAACGUCACUUUAACUGUAAAGUGGCUGCUUCACCCUUUCCAAGGCAACCUCACAUGUCUGUUGACCACUGGUGAUGGGCACAUUAUUGACCCCUACAGUCCUAAAGAGUUACAGAGCAAAGUAGUGCACACCUACCAACAUACUGGAGACUACACUAUUACAGUGGAGUGCAGCACCAGUGAAUGGCAUGUAACAGCUCAGAAAACCAUCGCCAUCCAAGAACCCCUUGUACAAUUUGGCAUAAUAAUAUGCCACAGCUCAAACCACUCAACGGACAGUAGAAACUGCAAAGGCCUGUACCACCAUGCCAUGAAAAUCCAAGUGCAGCUAAAUGCUGGUACUAACGUCACCUACAGAAUCCAGCAUGGUGACACAGAACUCGCCCGCUCAUCUUCACUCGAAGGAAAAAUUCCACACAACAUCACCUUGUCUUUAGAAGUUCUAAAUAUCCUGGGCUCAGGAUGCCAUCAACUCAUCCUCAAGGCUUCCAAUUUAGUGACAGAUCCAGAUGUGUCUGCUCCUUUAGAACUUUGCUUGGUAGAGCCAGUGCAGGGUCUGCAGGUCUUUGUGGCACCAGAACAGGACUCUUGCUCCGGUUCAGAUCUAAAUGUUAAUGUUUCUCUGGGGCAAGGUGCUCCAGUGGAGCUGCUCUUUCUGAUAUCUGGGACAAACACAAACUUCUCUGAGACCCACCAGAUGCUAAAUGGCAGUUUACAGGUCUUCAAAAUUUCCAACAAUAUAGAAGGUACAUUGAGGGUAAAAGUCAGGGCAACAAACUUGUUUUCAUCAAUGGAAGUGGAUGCUGGAACCACAACGGUAGAUUGCCAGGUUGACACAGAAAAUUCAACAGAAAAAAAUUUGACAGUACCAAACAGCCUGGUGAUUACCUCAAACCCAGAGAACCCAGUCAUUGGUACAAGUAAUAUAAUGCUGGGCAUUAAUGGCCUUGAUGGAAAUACGACUCUUUAUACAUUUGCAUGGAACUGCAGUGGAUCAUGUUCCUGUAAUGUCAGUACUCAGACUGAAACCCAUCAAAUAAGUGCCGAUUGUCUCCCACCACCCUAUAGUUUUUCAGUUUUCUCUGUGACUGCGACUAACACAAUGGGGCAGUCACAGUCAGCGGUCAGAUGCGUCUCUGUCACUCCAGGGAGGGAUUUCAAUCCUGUCAUUACUUGUUCCAACUGCAACCCAGUGAAUGUUAGUGUUGAUGUUAAGUUGACAUUACAGUGUGAAGGCUGUCAGCAAAUGGUUUGGUAUCUUGAAGACAUGACACCUGUUUCUAGUGUUUUAAGUUCCUGCUAUUCUAAUAGUGGACAGAAGCCUUUAAUAAAGCAGAAGGAAGGAGUUGACACUCUUACAAUUGAAAGUACAACUCUGGUCAAUGCACAAAAAAACAUACAUGUUGUGGCUUAUGGUGUGAAAGAUGGCUUAUCUGGAUCUACUGAAUUUAGUGUUCCAAUCUUCAGUACCUCAAUUGACUCUCAAUCUUCAGCGACCAGCGUGACUCUUACAACCCAGAACCAGACUGAAGCCUCAUUAACAACAAUCAAUCCACCAUCCUGUGACAUUAUUCCCAGGGUGGGAGAUAUUCUCACACCUUUCAACAUCACAUGCACUAUAACUUCAUUGUUUUGCAAAGCUAGAAUUUGCACAUACUGCUUCAGAACAUCCACCGGUGAUUACUUGAACUGCGGCCACAAGCCGUCUGUGGAGUCAUUAUUCCUCCCUCUCGGAGUUGGCAGUAACUACAACCUGGUUAUAGUAGUCACAGUUGAGAAUGAAGAAGGACUGAAAAUAAACACUACAAUAUCUGUCCAGGUAAAUGAUGUUAAAGUUGGAAGCACAGUGCAGGACCUGGAAACCCUCAUGUCUAAACAGGUUGACCAGCUGCAGCAGCAUGGGAAACUGACCAGAACAGCUUUGGCACAGAUGUACCACUCUGUUUCUAACAAACUAAAUGGGGACUCAGCCGGUAGCCAAGAGCAAACUGCCAAAAAGAAGCUACGAGAGCGCAUGCUGUCAGACCUUGGAACAGCUGUGAAUGCUGCCCCCCUCAGGAACCCCACAGAGGUACAAAUGACAGCUGACGCUGUAGUGGGCAUCACUACACAGAGUGAGGAACUCACCUCUACAGCCCAGUGGGAGGCCAGUUCUCUUUUGUCAAACCUGAGUAGAUCCCUGGUCUUUCUCAAUUUCUCUGGGGGCGAUGAUAAAACAUCGACUAGGCAGGUGGUUACACCCAUCGUUCAAGCUGCCAGUAACAUCCUCAAAGUUUCUGCCAGCUCUGACAUGCAGGAAACGAUCUCGGAAAACCUGCUAAAUGCAGCAGAAAACAUACAGAGUGCUCUGCUGGCUGGAACAAGUGCAGAUCAAGAGCCUAUCAUUGUUAGUACUGAGGAGAUCAGUGUGUAUGUAAACAGAAUGUCAGCAGAGAAACUUCAGGAACAAUCAUUCAGUGUUAAUUACAGCAGCUCAGCGAGCUUUGUGCUCCCCUCUUUGGGUCCUGAUGUGCUUCCUUUUGAAGAGGCAGUGGAUGUGCGGAUGCUAAGUUUUGCCAUCAAUCCGUUCUCUUGGCGGGAAGGCGAGUCUAUAAGUGGAGCAGUGGGGUCUCUCUCGAUCACUAGAGAAAAUGGAUCUGUUAUUCCAGUAUCAAACCUCACAAAGGAGAUUGAGAUUCUUCUACCAAGACCAGAAACAGAAGUAAACAGCACAUUUUUAGACCUAGGAAACUACAGUACCUUAGUCAUCAAUGUAACCACACCUAACAUUUCUCUUGUCUUGAAACUGGAUCCCUCCGAAGAGAUACCUUUACAUUUGCUACUGGGUUUUGAACACUUCCCAAACAAUACCAACUACAAGGCUGCAAUUCAGCUCCCUCAACCAGGAAACUCAGCAGAAGAGAGAUACACAUGGGUUCUGGACCCCAGAGAUAUGGCCAUAGAUACAGGAGUUUACUACCUUUUGGUGAGGCCUAUUGUAGAGGUAGGAGUGAACUCUACAAAUGCCUCUGUGUUCAUCACUUCGAUUGCUGCUCAGUGCAAGUACUGGGAUGAGGCUGGAAACAACUGGAGUGACUAUGGCUGCAGAGUUGGGCCUCGCACCACAGCACUGUUAACUCAGUGCCUCUGCACCCACUUGACGUUUUUCGGGAGCUCUUUUUUCGUCAUGCCCAACCUAGUGGAUGUGUCCCGCACUGCUGAACUUUUUGCCACGUUUGUCAAUAAUCCCGUGGUGGUGUGUUUUGUUGGUGCAAUCUUCCUGGUUUAUCUUAUGGUAGUGGUGUGGGCACGGAAAAAGGACAUCCAGGACACCGCCAAGGUAAAAGUCACAAUGCUAGAGGACAACGACCCAUUGGCCGAAUACCGAUACUUACUGACUAUUACCACUGGGCAUCGCCGUGGGGCUUCCACAUCCUCUCAGGUUACAGUUACUCUACUUGGUACGGAGGGGGAGAGUGAGCCCCAUCAUCUGACUGACCCAGAAAAGCCAGUAUUUGAAAGGGGAGGGGUGGACAUGUUCCUCCUUACCACUCCUUUCUGUCUCGGAGAGCUGCAGAGCAUCAGAUUAUGGCAUGAUAAUUCUGGAAAACAUCCAGCUUGGUAUGUUAACAAAGUGAUGGUGCAGGACCUGGAGACUGGACAGAAGUGGCACUUCUUGUGUAGUUCAUGGUUGGCCAUCGAUAUGGGCGAGUGCACCCUGGACAAAGUGUUCCAUGCAGCAACAGAAAUGGACUUGAAACGGUUUAGCAAUCUGUUCUUCACGAAGACCACCAAAGAUUUCCAAGAUGGUCACAUUUGGUUCUCUGUAAUCAACCGUCCACCAAAUAGUAACUUCACUCGAGUGCAGCGUGUUUCCUGCUGUUUCUCCCUGUUUCUCUGUACCAUGCUGACCAGCAUCAUGUUUUGGGGGAUUCCAACCGAUCCUUCAGAGCAGACCAUGGACCUGGGUAAAAUUGAGUUUACCUGGCAGCAAGUGAUUAUUGGGAUCCAGAGUUCCAUCAUUAUGUUUCCCAUCAAUCUUUUAAUCGUGAGCAUCUUCAGAAAUGCUCGACCAAGGGAGAGAAAAUCUGACAAACAGCAAAAGAUUGAUUCUACUCUGCAUGAAAAAACAGAAUGUACAGCAACAUCCCAACCUCCUUCUCCACAAAGUAAUCAUAGAGAAAUCACACCAGAUUCUGUGAUCAAGGACAUCAAACGAAUAGCUCAGUCCCUCUCCAAGGCUUUGAGAAACCCCAUGCCAGUGAUAGACCCUGGGAAAAUGGAUAUCAAUGCACUCUUAUCAAUAGUUGAAGAUAUUAUUAGACAGCAGAAUUGUGUAGAUCGUGAAUUUUACUCAGACAACUCUAAAAAUAACCUGGCUAUAUCUCUGGUGUCGGUUAAUCUGCAAGACAGGAGUCCUGAGCAGAUACUGACAGAGAAACAAACUAUCUACAAGCAGUAUCUCUACAAGCAGCUGGAAAAUGUGGAGAAAGAGCUAAAACUGCUUGGUCCUUUACGAUUUCCCAAGCCAGAGGGCUACGUCCAAGCUGUGCUCCAGGUUCAGGGUAUGAAACAAAUGUUAGAACCGUACGUCUCCUCCAGCUCCAUCAGGGACCAGGUCAGCUGCAGCUCCAGCAUAGCAGAAGAGCAAGGAAGCAAUAAGAAAGGCCUACCAUGGUGGUUUGUGUAUUUGGGAUGGAUUCUCGUUGCAGCCACUAGUGGAGUGUCAGCGUACUUCACCAUGAUGUACGGGCUGACCUAUGGAGCAGAGCGUUCCAUCAGCUGGCUUAUUUCCAUGGUCGUGUCAUUUUUUGAGAGUCUCUUCAUUACCCAGCCUAUAAAGGUACUUGGAUUUGCUGUCUUCUUUGCACUAGUCCUAAAGAAAGUUGACCAGGAAGAAUAUGGGGAUGUUCCAAUUGAUGGAACUUCAAAGACAGAUGACCCUAAUGACAUAUGCAUUGCCAGGAGAGACAGCACAUGCAGCUUCUACCAGCCUCCACCUCCUACUGAUAUUGAGAAAAUGAGAAAAAACAUGAUCAAAGAACAGAAAGUCUUUGCACUUAUCCGGGAGAUUCUCAUUUAUGUAGGAUUCCUCUGGAUGCUGCUCCUGGUAGCUUACGGUCAGCGUGAUCCGAAUGCCUACUUCCUUAGUAAACACAUUGAAAAGAGCUUCAAGAAUGGUAUUUCUGACAGUAUGAACCACAAAGAUGUGUUUACCUGGGCAAACACCACCCUCCUAAAUAACAUUUUUGGAAAGCAACCAGGCUUCAUCACAGAUGGAAACUCAAAGCUGGUUGGCAAUGCUCAUCUCCGGCAGGUUAGAGUACACAAGAACUCUUGCAGGACUGCAAAAUCUAUGCAACACCCUCUUCCUGAUUGCCAUGCUCCAUACUCUUGGGAAGUAGAGGACAUGGGCUCAUAUGGUCCUGGCUGGAAUAGGUCAAAGGAUGUACAUGUGCUUGAGACCCUAAACAUGCCCUGGGAGUACAAAAGCCAAUCUAGACUACGGGCGCACCCUAUCUGGGGUAGGGUGGCUUUUUACAGAGGAGGAGGCUUUGUAGUAGAUCUUGGUACGACCAAGGAAAAUGCAAGCAGUUUGCUUCAGUACCUCUUUGACAACAUCUGGUUGGACGUAUACACUCGGGCUAUCUUUGUGGAGUUCACAGUAUACAAUGCCAACGUCAACCUCUUCUGUAUUGUCACCCUGAUGUUUGAGACAACAGCAGUAGGAGCAUUUCAGUAUCGCAGUGAUCUACAAAGUGUCCAUCUCUAUCAGUCCACUGGAGGUUUCCAUAUCUUUGUCAUGGCCUCUGAGGCACUCUAUUUUCUCUUCAUUCUCUAUUACAUGUUUGAGCAGGGCACGCUCAUGAGACAGCAGAAAAUAAACUACUUCAGGAGCAAAUGGAAUCUGCUAGAGCUAGCCAUAAUUAUUUUAAGCUGGAGUGCACUGUGUGUCUUUAUCAAAAGGACUAUUUUGGGUAACCGUGACAUUGAGUAUUACCAUAAUCAUAAGGACCAACAUGCUAGUUUUCACGAGACUGCAGCAGCAGAUGGAGUUCUUGGAUACCUCAUAGCUUUCUUGGUCCUGCUGGCGACAGUCAAACUCUGGCAUCUGCUGCGUCUAAACCCCAAACUGCACAUGAUCACUGCAACGUUGCAGCGGGCGUGGAAUGACAUCUCUGGCUUUAUUGUGGUCAUGACGGUCAUGUUGUUGGCCUACUCGAUUGCGUGCAAUUUGAUGUAUGGAUGGAAGCUUUACUCCUACCACACUCUUCUACAUGCAGCUCAGACCAUAGUCAGCUUGCAACUGGGCAUCUUCAACUAUGAAGAGGUUUUGAAUUAUAAUCCUGUCCUUGGGGCGUUUGUGGUUGGUUCCUGCAUCAUCUUCAUGACAUUUGUGGUGCUCAACUUAUUUAUAUCGGUCAUCCUGGUGGCAUUCUCUGAGGAACAAAUACAUCAUCAGCCGUCUGAAGAGGAAGAAAUCGUGGACCUGAUGCUCACAAAGAUAUGUAGCCUUUUUGGAGUCAAGGUUAAGAAGAACCAAUCGUCUGACAAUAAUAAACUAAACCAUUCUGCAGGUGCCAGCACACUUUCUGUCAUUUCAUAAAUAUCACCAUCCUUCUGCUUUGGGUGUCAUGGCCAUAAGUAUGUAGACACCUGUUUUAAUUAGUGGGUUCAGCUAUUUAGGACAUCUAUUGCA